UACAUACGUACAUGAUGGCAGCACAGUGUCGCCGCCGACGGUCAAGGGAAUCAAAACGAUUGCGUAGGAGUAAAAUGUGGGGGGCUACCAAGGUAGAGACUACGCGGCCGCCAGUCAGCGCAACACUUAUUCUUGAUGGUGAAGCAGGUGGUGUAGUUACUAAUGGUAUUUACGCUGGGAGAUAAUCGCGUCAUAGAUUGAGAAUAGUACUGCGCUAGCAGCGAUUGCGAGCGAGGUGACCAACCUCCCGACGUCCAAAUUGUGUUGUGGCGAUCUCUAAAUACGUAGUUAUGAAUGAUGGCGAUGACCUACUAGGUGGCACGGAGCCAGGCGGUUGGAACGUGUAUAAAUGGAUGAAAUGGAGAAGAGCAAGCAACAAAUUGACACUUGAGUAUUACAUGAGUUCGGAUGACCGGGAGCGAGGGUCAGCGAAAGUGAAAGGAUGUUAAAAUGUUGCAAGCUCCAUGGAUAUGAUCGAUCAUAGGAGCAGGACAACGGUGAGAGUGGCCGUGUUGAAAUCGCAAGCUUCGAAUUCUCUGACACGCUUCGGGGUAUGUUUCGCUGCAGGAAAAUCAUAAUUAGUUCUCCCGCGAACGUUAAGGCUGGGUGGCAGGA